CGCAUGCUCAUAAGUACGUCAACAAGAUCGGCCAUUACCCCGUGAGGUCUCACUCUAGAUAGCAGACAAUAUAACAGCAAGCUGGUCUAGAUAUCUAUCUCUUACACGUCGCGCUUGUUGGCACAUUCACGCGGUUUUCAAAGUAACAAUGGCUGACACAACUCCACCCGACAAUUUCGAGUUCCAACCUGAGAAUGAUUUCGAAAAGAUAAGUGCUCCAGGCAGUGGCUUUGAUCAGGAAGGCGAUGGCUUGCUCGCUGCAGGUGAUGAGCCGCAGGACGGGGAGGUAUCGACAACCACAGAUAAUGCGGGUGAGGAUGAAGCAGAGGAAGAUCGAUAUAAUGUGAUUGGUGCCUCAGAGGUUGGAGGGUUUUCAAAUUCUCCUGAUCCUCUUAUUUCAUUAGAUGAUGAACCGCAGUCAGAUGAACCUUUCGUGUUUCAAGAAGGGGAGGGGAUCGCAGAUUCUUCGUCUACUCCUACUACUGUACAGCCAUCUGCUCCAGUGCCUGAACCAGAAAGUCUUGAUCGUCUCAUUGAUUUUGAUAGUUCCUCAGGUCCAGAUCUUACUCCUUUAGCACCAUCAGCUCCAGCACCUAGCUUUAUUCCUGAGCCCAUUCCUGAGCCCAUUCCUGAGCCCAUUUCUUCUGAUAGUGUUCGUCAGAAUGAUGUUUUCGAUUCUGAAGAAACAGACACUACUACUAAGCAAGUUUCUGAACAAAGCUCAGAGUCAGAGGAGACCUCUAAAGGAUCAUUUUUAAAGGGAGUUGACCCAAGAGUGGUUGACCUGAUCUACUGGCGAGAUGUCAAGAAGACGGGCGUGGUGUUCGGCGCGAUGCUCACGGUGCUGCUCUGUCUGGCCAUCUUCUCCCUGGUCAGCGUACUGGCCUACCUGUCCCUGGCCCUGCUCACCGUCUCCUUCAGCUUUGUCGUCUACAAGAAGAUCAUGGGAGCCGUGCAGAAGUCCAACGACGGGCACCCCUUCAAAGUACUGCUGGAAAUGGACAUUGACCUGAAGGAAGAGAAACUGAAGACGGUCAUCCAGACCCUGCUGAACAACAUCAACAAGACGGUCAACGAGCUCCGCCGCUUGUUCUUCAUCGAAGAUAUCGUCGAUUCCAUCAAGUUUGGCCUGAUGUUGUGGCUCUCCACCUACAUCGGAUCAUUGCUCAACGGCAUCACUCUUGUUAUCUUGGCUGUGAUCCUCCUGUUUACCCUGCCAAAAGUGUACGAGACAUACCAGGUUCAGAUCGACCAGUAUGUGGGGCAAGCUAAAGCACAAAUCAACAACGUGUUGACCAUUGUUCAGAGUAAGCUUCCUUUCUUGAAAAAGAAGGACAAGGCACAGUAAAGCCGGAGCAGCCAUUGCUAUAUAUAGUUAGUACAUAACACCAUGAGAAUGAUCUCCAUCUAGAGACUACCACCAUACACAGCAGGACUUCCCACCACCUCCACCUCCACCUCCACCUCCACCAGGGUCUCCGCCACCACCAGGAGGCUCCACUGCUGACAGCCAGGAGUAGCGUCGUCCAAAGAGUAGAACAGAAGCACGUGUCCCGGGGCUUUCAUGUCGUCCGUUGGCCAUCGCGGUGUAACCAGGCGCUCGUCAAAAUAUCGAGUGGAAGAAACCCCACAUUUUUUUUCCGCCCAUUGGAAAGUUUUAAUGGGCUGUAAUGUGCAUUUGAAAACACAUUUCUGUUUGGAUUUUACUAAAAACAUAGAUCAAAGACACAAAGACUGUAAAAAUUUGCAGUUUCUAAAGACACUCAAGCUUUGGAAAUUAUCAAAUUUUGCCCGCCAUUUUCUCACUAGUUUACCUCUGGCUUCAGGGAGCCUCCGCCUCCUUCAGUCGCAAAUAUCUCAACUUCUUUUCAUGAUAGAUUUUGUUUCUCUAUGAAAAGCAUGACAAAAGAACCAGUUUUGAGAUUGUACCAGUUACUCUGUAUUAUAUUCCCAAAACUUGACGAGCGCCUGAUUCCACAGCAUCGUGACACACGUGUGAAAUACGUUAGAGCUCUUCUUCUCCGCCAGUUUGAUGACCCUGACUGUGCUUGCUGAUUCUAUUACUGUUACUCUUCUUCUUCUUCUCGGUGUGCAUGAUGAUGUAAGUGCUGCUGCUGCAUAAGUUUAGAGUUUAAAUAUUGACCAUGUACCUACCAUGUUUAAUGUCGAUGUUGUGAUGGCUUCUUUUGUCAAGUUCGACGUACCGCUAACCCAUAGGUUUGACUAGAUAGUAGAUAUUUUCUCAUGCGUUGGGGAAUUUUCUGGAAAGAAAUUCUCUUGUGGACUGUAGGGAAGUACGAAGAAAAAAGAUCGUUAAUGAAGCUGGAAUAUAAUCAGUCGAAGGGUGGGUUUAUUUAUCUAUCGCCAAUGCAACUCAUGAUAUUGUUGUUUGAACCAUUUUUUGUUUUUCUUUUAAUGUGUUAUGGCUUGGAUUUUUUUUUACCUCCAUCCCACUCUUGCUGCCUUUAAUGUGUACCCUAAUGACAUGGUGGACUCCCAACAAAUCAAAAUGAUGCGAAAUCAUUCUUCUUUACCGUGCGUGUAUUUUUGUCUUUCUGAAUGGUGCAUAGUUUUUCUCACUCACUGGGCAUACUACGUGUGCUCUUGUGUGGUGUGUGUUGGGGAACUAUUCCACUGUAGUUGUUUAUUAUACUCGAUGUUGUCCGUAGUCUGUUUGUCUGUCGUCUGUGUCUCUCUCUCUCUCUCCCUCCCGGGGGGGAGGUGGCUGCAGGCUCGUGCUUCUCUCGGUACGUACGUUGUGAGUGUCGACUCCCAAUACGUCCUUAUUGUUGUUGUUGCCAGGGUUCUUUUCUUUUCUGUCUUUCUUUCUUUCUUUCUUUCUAUCUCUCUCUGUGUGUAGGCGUGUCGGGGCGGAAGUUCUCGACAUGUGCCAAAUUUGUGCUGUUGUGAAGUUCAAGGUCUCUCCUCUUAGAGCAAUAUAUGGAGACGAGAAAAGUGUUUGUUUUUUUCCCUUCCUGGGAAUCGGGAAUUAUUUUAAUGCUGUCUUGUUCUUCCUGACUGACCAGGCACCUGAUUUGUUAGGAUCUGACGUGUCAACGGUCAAGUUCUUGUUCCUUUUUCAAGCAAGGCUGACAUUAGCCAUCCGUACAUCGUUUUCAUUGUGAUGUUUUGAGUUUUAUAUAUAUAUAUUAUAUAUAUAUACACAUAUAUUUGUGUACGUCAAAAAGCGGACUCUAGCUACAGGAAAAAAACGUACAGUUCAGUCAAGUGUGAAUAACAUGGAUUUGCUAUACAAAGGGCGCAUGUAAAGAUUCUUAUAAGUAGUAUUCAUUUGUUUGUGAUAAUUGUGCUGGUACGUUGGAAAUUGUUGUGUGAUGUAUUGGUAAAUUUCCAGGCAUAUUUGAAUUGCAGGUGAAAGGUUUUUAAUGUGAGAGUGAGUGGUUUUUUGAUAACGAUGACUAUUUACAGUGCUCGAUAGUACUUGCCAUUGUUACUUGUGGCUUUUGUAUCAAAGAAUUGGCAUUCUUGAUUCAUUGUAACAUCUUUUGUUUGGGGGUUUUUUCUGCGUUUUUAUUUUGUUUUUUUGUUUUUGUUAUUAUUUUGACAGUCACAUGACACCUUCUGAGUUUGCCAGUGUGGCUGUUGUGUGCACCGCCUGUAGACUCAGCUCUCUCAGCGCCCGACUCUUGUCUAUUCUCUGCCCUCCCUGCUUCGAUAAUGUGAAAGGAUGACAUUGAUGAUCUCAUGCAAACUCCCCCUACAGAAUCAGAAUAUUGCCCUUCUCCCAGCCCUCAUCUGUCCGUCUGUCUGUCUUUAGAGAGUUCUGGCUUUUGGGGGAGGGGGUUAGAAUCUGUUUAGGGGUUUUUAAUUAGCACCACUGAGUACCGCCUUUUUUAUAACGGUGGGAAAUUUGGUGCUUUGUGACAUACCAAAAAGAACAUAAACCUGUAUUGUGACUAAAGUCCAAAGAAAUUUAUUAGUGUCAAUUGCCAUUUUUUUUCCCGUUUUCAAUUCAUUUUAUUUCCUACCCGUCCCUUUUGGCUGGAUAACAAAUACUUGUGCAACACAUUGCGUUUUUCCAUGGGUUUUUGCCCUAGUGUAUGACACAGUAUGAGGGGUGUGAGGGACAGAAAAUGUAGCUCACUCAGACCCCGAUGAUUCCUGGGUUGGGUUUACGCGGAACAGACCCACUUCAAAUCUCAACUGUAAUUUUUCCAUCUUUAUGCACAGAGUGAUAUCAGAAUAUCCAGAUUUUGGUUGGAUUUUUUCUUUUCUUUUUUUUUUUUUUUUUUUCUUAAGCGAUUCAAAAAAGAAUCGGGGCUGUACUGAUUUGAGAAAACAAAAACACAAAAAUGUAUGGAACCCGUUAUUGUAAAGAGUAAAGCUAGUCUUUGUGAUUCUUUGGUGGGGUUUUCUGUGUUUUAGUUUUGCCGUAUCAUGGUAUAUAAUAAAGUUCCUGCUUGAAAUGGAUAAGAUUUUUACUCUAAUAUAUUGGUCUGUGAAAGAGGUUAGGGAGAGACGGUUGAUAUGCUGCAAUGCUCCUCUUGAUGUUUCAAUAUAUAGCACUAUUUUUCUCAUCAUUGGCUACCCACAAUUAAGAAUGUUCUAUUUUUUCUUCAUUUCCUAGCAAUAUGUUAUUGCUGUGUUAUAACAUGCUUCUUUAUACCUCCGUGCUCUUCACUAAUGAGAAAGAAAAAAAACAUGCUUACUAUUAAUGUGUAAAGUUAUGAUUAUUUAACUUUUUGAACUGUUAGUCAGUUAGUUUACAGUUAACAUUGUGCUGAGGAUAUUCGAGAUAGUGUGUUUUACGACUUGGGUCUUCCUCUGCUUCGUAGGUUUCUGAUGUAGUAUAUUCCAACUCAUCAUCAUAGGUUUUUAUCCCAGUUGAAAAGGGUACAGAGGAUAUCUCUACUCAUAAAUCUGAGCUGUGUUGUUUGUUGUGGCAUCUUGACCAUUGCUGAUGUGGAAAAUAUUUGGCUUCAAGUGAGAUUAUCGUAAGCACCAGUUGCUUGGAAAAAUUAACCAGCUGUCUCGUUGAAGGGGCGUGUAUCGUCCAGGCUUUGGAUUCUUUGUGCCAUGCAAAGUUCACGAAUUUUUACUACGAAAUUUCUGGCAUGUAUUGAGUUUGUUUUUUUGGAGAUGUCAAGACAACACUCACCCCCUUUUUUUUUUUCAAAGUAUAAAUAAACGUGAAAUGUGUCAAUGUG